GUUCGCACUUCCGGGUUGCAACGUGAAGCGAAAUAGACCAAAGAAAGUCAGCACCUACUCUGAGAUAGCAGUUAGCAGAAGUUGGGCGUUUUAUUACAUCUAGAUUAGUCGCGUAAUCUCUUAUUAAAACCAAAGAAUCUUCUAGAGAACAUGGCCGAGAGUGACUGGGACACAGUGACCGUGCUGAGGAAGAAAGGAUCCGCGGCGCAGGCCAAAUCGAAACAGGCGGUAACUGCAGCUCAGAGACGAGGAGAGGAGGUGGAGACCUCAAAAAAGUGGGCUGCGGGUCAGAAUAAACAACAUGUUAUAACCAAGAACACUGCCAAACUGGACAGAGAGACAGAGGAGCUCCAUCAUGAUAGAGUACCUCUGGAGGUGGGCAAAGUCAUACAGCAGGGGCGGCAAAACAAAGGCUUAACCCAGAAGGACUUAGCCACAAAAAUUAAUGAGAAGCCACAAGUAAUUGCAGACUACGAAUCAGGAAAGGCCAUCCCCAAUAAUCAAGUAAUGGGAAAGAUUGAGAGAGCUAUUGGACUUAAACUGCGUGGAAGAGAAAUUGGACAGCCCCUCGAUGCAGGGCCUAAGAAGAAAUGAACAAAAAAUCCUCGAAAUCCACCACUUUGCAUGCAGAAUUUCUCUCACUAUUCUGGCCGUAAGGUCAGUUUUCACAUGCUGCUGCCUCAUUAAUUCCCUUUAAAUCUGUAACACUUAUUUCAGUGGUGGACCAAAUGUCAAUUAUUUGACAAUACAAUUAAAUAAAAGCAGCUUUGCUUACAUAAUACUGAUUUUAGUUUACCUUUAAUUUGGACAGUCUGCAAACAUUUAACUGUCUCCUCUUGUGUGCAUUUACAUAAUUUUAUGGUUACUCUGAAGUUUAAAUAAAAUUUGGCAUUUGAUUGAA